AGUUUUUUUUUCAAUGCCGUUACAUUUUCCGGGAAAUAAAAUGCUCGCCGGUUGCCUCUCUAUUUCUCAACAAAAUUUUAAUUCUCAAUUUUCCUCUCUAGCUACCCAUCCGCCGGAGCCAGCCAUGGAAGAACUCCUUCGCUUCUCCAUCUCAAUCCUGCUCAUCCCCCUCGCCUUUCUCCUUCUCAACUUCUUCAUCAUUCAAGCCCGCAAGACUCGCCAGGUCACUGUGUCACCACCAUCGCUGCCAAUCAUCGGCCACCUCCACCUCCUCCGCCCUCCCCUCCACCAAUCCCUCCACCAACUCACGUCCCGCUACGGUCCCGUCAUCCACCUCCGCCUCGGCUCCACUCCCGUCAUCCUCGUCGCCUCCGCCGACGCCACAAAAGAACUCAUCAAAACCUACGACCAAGACCUCUCCGACCGUCCCCUCACCGCCGCCGCCCGCCACUUCGCCUACGACUCUUCCGGCUUUGCUUUCGCUCCUUACGGCCCUUACUGGCGCUUCAUGAAAAAGCUAUGCAUGUCGGAGCUCCUCUCCUCUCGCACCGUCGACUGUCUCGCACACAUCCGCCGCCGUGAGCUCCGUGCCCUGCUUCGAACUCUUGCGGCGAAGUCCGCCGCGGCUGAAUCUGUUGAUCUGAGUAAAGAGCUCAUAAGGAUGACGACGAGCAUAAUCGCCGGAAUGACGGCCGGAACGGCAUCCGCAGGAGAUAGCGAGGCGGCGAGGAAAGCCGUGAAAGGAGUAGCGGAGCUCAUCGGGUCGCUCUACUUGGCGGAUUUCAUUGGGUUUUUUCGCUAUUUCGACUUGCAGGGCUUCAAAAAGAGGAUUGAGCAGGUGCGAGAUGAUUUCGAUGAGUUGAUGGAGAGAAUCAUUUCGGAAAAAGAGGCAAUGAGGAAAAGCUGCUUGGGUGGAGACGGCGACAAGGACUUGCUUGAUAUACUGCUCGAUGCUGCAGAGAACGAAGCGAUGGAGAUCCGGUUAACAAGGAAGAACAUCAAGAGCUUCAUUCUAGAUAUUUUCACCGCUGGGUCAGACUCUUCUGCGGCUACGACAGAGUGGGCUUUGGCUGAGCUCAUAAACCACCCUGAAAUGCUAUCAAAGGCAAGAGAGGAGAUUGACAACGCCGUGGGGAGGAACCGCCUCAUCGAAGAGUCUGACAUUCAAAACCUCAAAUACCUCCAAGCAGUUAUAAAGGAGACACUGAGGCUCCACCCUGCAGCUCCCAUGGCUAUGAGGAAAGCAACCAAGGACAUCAAACAAGGCGAAUACGAGAUCUUCAAUGGAAAUACAGUAAUCAUAAACGUUUAUUCGGUGAAUAGGGACCCCAAGUACUGGGAGAAGCCAUCGGAGUUUCGACCGAAUCGAUUCAUGGAAGAUGGAGAUCAGGAGCUUAGCUACAAAGGAAUGCAUUUCCAGUACUUGCCGUUUGGAAGUGGGAGGAGAAUGUGCCCAGGUGCAACUCUGUCUGUUCAGGUUAUAACGAUGACAUUGGCUGCGUUGAUUCAAUGCUUUGAAUGGGGAGAAGAUGGUGGAAGAGUUAAGAAGUUGGAUAUGAGCGAGGGGCCGGGGAUGGUCAUCCUCAGGACGAAGCCAUUGAUUUGUGUUCCGAAGACUCGCCUUCAUCCCCUUCCACCGGAGGUUCUUAACCUCUAAACAUUUGGCUAUGCUCUUCGUAUAUAGAUCCAGUAUUCCUUGUUUGAAGAUAUCUGCAUGCAUGGUAGUGAAGCAUAUAAACUUGUUUGUGGUGGUCAGUUUUUGUAUGAUGGAAGAAAAUCCUAUCGGUGUUGUCGCUGAGAGGGGGUGUUGGUUGUGUUGGUGUGUCUUUGGCUGUUAAUAGUAUGAUUUUGCCAUCGCUGUUAUCAGUUUUAAGCCAAAGUUGAAUGAAUUGUGAGGUAUGCUAAAUCUUGUAUUGUCAUCAUAUGUUUUAAUUAAUUAUUAUAAUUAUUAGUACGAUUUUUUAUUGCA